UUUUGCUCCUCCUGACCUAGCGAGCGGCGAGCUGCGGGAGGAGGAUUGUCAGCCCGCGAUCGCGCGUCUCCCCUUGGGAACGUGGCUUGGCAUCUCCAGGCGGGGAGAGCUGCAUGUGGGCGAGCAAAGCCCGGGGGAGAACAUGGCAGUGCUCAAACUGACCGACCAGCCACCGCUGGUCCAAGCAAUUUUCAACGGCGAUCCUGAUGAGAUACGUAUAUUAAUCUACAAAACUGAAGAUGUUAAUGCUUUGGACAUGGAGAAGCGCACCCCGCUUCAUGUUGCUGCUUUCUUGGGCGAUGCAGAGAUUAUUGAGCUCCUUAUCUUGUCCGGAGCCCGGGUCAAUGCCAAGGACAACAUGUGGCUGACUCCUCUCCACCGAGCUGUUGCUUCAAGGAGUGAAGAAGCCGUACUAGUAUUGAUUAAGCAUUCAGCUGACGUCAAUGCCAGAGACAAGAACUGGCAGACACCCCUACAUGUUGCAGCUGCAAAUAAAGCUGUGAAGUGUGCUGACGUGAUAAUUCCACUUCUGAGUAGUGUCAAUGUCUCUGACAGAGGAGGUCGGACAGCAUUACACCAUGCAGCUCUGAAUGGCCAUGUUGAAAUGGUGAGUUUACUUUUGGCUAAAGGGGCAAAUAUUAAUGCCUUCGACAAAAGAGACCGAAGAGCUUUACAUUGGGCAGCAUACAAGGGCCACUUGGAAGUUGUUUCAUUAUUGAUUAGUCAUGGUGCUGAAGUGACAUGUAAAGAUAAGAAAGGUUACACUCCACUUCACGCUGCUGCAUCCAGUGGCCAGAUCAGUGUAGUGAAACACUUGCUGAAUCUUGGUGUGGAGAUUGAUGAAAUGAACGUCUAUGGAAAUACUGCCCUUCAUAUUGCUUGUUAUAAUGGGCAGGAUUCUGUGGCUAAUGAGCUGAUAGACUACGGAGCUAAUGUCAAUCAGCCUAAUAACAGUGGAUUCACUCCCCUCCAUUUUGCUGCUGCUUCUACUCACGGGGCCCUUUGUCUGGAACUACUUGUGAAUAAUGGGGCAGAUGUAAACAUUCAGAGCAAAGACGGAAAAAGCCCACUGCAUAUGACAGCUGUCCAUGGGAGGUUUACACGGUCACAAACUCUCAUUCAGAAUGGAGGUGAAAUUGACUGUGUUGAUAAAGAUGGCAACACUCCACUCCAUGUGGCUGCAAGAUAUGGACAUGAACUUUUGAUUAAUACCUUAAUAACCUGUGGAGCUGAUGCUGCCAAAUGUGGCAUUCAUCGCAUGUUUCCUUUACACUUGGCAGCACUUAAUGCACAUGCUGACUGCUGUAGGAAAUUGCUUUCAUCAGGACAAAAGUAUAGCAUAGUGUCCUUGUUUAGUAAUGAGCACGUGCUGUCUGCAGGCUUUGAUAUAGACACCCCAGAUAAAUUUGGAAGGACGUGCCUCCAUGCUGCUGCUGCAGGAGGCAAUGUUGAGUGUGUGAAACUCUUGCAGAGCAGUGGAGCAGAUGUAAAUAAAAAAGACAAAUAUGGAAGAACACCUUUGCACUAUGCAGCUGCAAAUUGUCAUUUUCAAUGUAUUGAGAUGCUGGUAACCACGGGGGCCAGUAUUAAUGAAACUGAUGACUGGGGACGAACAGCUUUACAUUAUGCUGCAGCCUCAGACAUGGACAGAAAAAAGAAUAUUUUGGGUAACUCCCAUGAAAAUUCUGAAGAAAUUGAAAGAUCCAAUGAAAAGAAAGAAAAAGAAGCUGCAUUGUGUCUAGAAUUUCUUCUUCAAAAUGAAGCAAACCCUUCAAUCCAAGAUAAAGAUGGUUAUAAUACAGUGCAUUAUGCUGCUGCUUAUGGACACAGGCAAUGUCUAGAACUGCUUCUGGAGAAAACAAAUAACUUUUUUGAGGAAUCAGAUUCAACAUCAGCAAGAAGUCCUUUGCAUUUAGCUGCCUAUAAUGGUCAUCAUGAAGCAUUAGAAGUGCUGCUUCAGUCACUAGUAGAUCUGGAUAUUAGAGAUGAAAAAGGACGUACUGCCCUGGAUCUUGCUGCAUUUAAAGGACACGUGGAAUGUGUUGAAGCGCUCAUCAAUCAGGGUGCUUCUGUCACAGUGAAAGAUAACGUCACACAACGAACCCCACUCCAUGCCUCAGUUAUCAAUGGGCAUACAACAUGUCUACGACUUUUAUUAGAAGUAACAGACAACCCUGACGUGGUGGAUGCCAAAGGACAAACUCCACUUAUGCUAGCUGUGGCUUAUGGGCACAUAGAUGCUGUUUCUUUGUUACUUGAAAAAGAGGCAUCCGUUGAUGCAGCUGAUAUCCUGGGAUGUACUGCUUUACACCGAGGGAUUAUGACAGGCCAUGAGGAAUGCAUUCAAAUGCUGUUGGAACAAGAAGUAUUAAUUCUGUGUAAGGAUGCCAGAGGCAGGACACCUCUACAUUAUGCAGCAGCUCGUGGUCAUGCCACAUGGCUGAGUGAAUUAAUGCAGUUGGCACUUUCAGAAGACUACAAUUUUAAAGAUAAUCAGAACUAUACACCAUUGCACUGGGCUUCUUAUAAUGGAAAUGAAAACUGUAUAGAGGUACUGUUGGAACAUAAAGCUUUUCGCAACUUUCAUGGAAACUCUUUUUCUCCAUUGCACUGUGCGGUAAUAAAUGAUCAUGAAAACUGUGCUUCACUACUCAUUGGGGCAUUUGGUGGUGGCAUUGUUAAUUGCAAAGAUGAAAAAGGAAGAACUCCACUUCAUGCAGCAGCCUUUGCUGAUCAUGUGGAAUGUUUGCAGCUACUUUUAAGUCACAAUGCACAAGUAAAUGCUGCAGAUAAUUCAGGGAAAACUCCACUUACCAUCGCUGCUGAAAAGGGGCAUGUAGGAACUGUAGAUUUUUUGGUGAACAGUGCUAAGGCUGAUUUAACCUUGAUGGAUAAUGACUUGAAUACAUCAUUGCACUUGGCUAGCAGUAAAGGUCAUGAAAAAUGUGCCUUGUUGAUACUUGACAAGAUACAAGAACCGAGCCUUAUUAAUGCAAAAAACAAUGCAUUGCAAACACCUCUUCAUAUUGCUGCACAGAAUGGCUUGAAGAUGGUAGUUGAGGAAUUGUUAGCAAAGGGGGCAUGUGUACAGGCAGUAGAUGAAAAUGGUCAUACACCAGCCCUGGCUUGCGCUCCUAACAAAGACGUGGCUGACUGCCUGGCACUCAUUUUGGCUACCAUGAUGCCUUUUUCUCCUUCCAGUACAAUGACGCCGCUCAACUUCGUUUCUUUUAAAAAAGACCAUUUGAGCAGGACUCUUCUCUGCAAUAGCUCCAAUAUGAGCAACACUCUUAACUCAUAUAGUAAAACUUUAAUGAAUGAUGAAGGAGCAGAAAAUGGAUACAAUGACAAUGAUUCUGAUUCUGAAACAUUUUGACUUUUUAACAUUCAGUGCCCCUUUCUUGAUUGCAUUUGCAUUUAAUCUGAAAUUUUCUUUAGAAACAUCUGAAUUUCACCUCACCUUCAUUUAUGAAUGAGAACAGCAAAGAGUAAAAUUUGCAAUUAAAUAGAGCCUUUUAGAAAAUUUAACAAUUUUUUUUUUAAAAUGCACUCUAGUUAAUGUUUUGCUUCCAGCACUACUGUGCUUUCCAUAAAUUCUAAGGGCUCCUCUGGAAGUCUCUACCUCCUAUUAUAUGCAGAAAGAAGAAGCUGCCUUUUUCUGUUUUGACAGCACAAGUAAACAGGGAACUGUUAUAUCUAUAUUAAUAUGUUAGCUAUAUUAAAUUGCUGAUAUAAAGUCAUUUUUCAAGUAGGGUGUUUCUGGAUUGUCAGAAGACCUUCCCAUCUCUAGUAUCUCUUGUAUAGAUAUAUAGUCUUCAUUUUUAGGUAUCUUUGUUAUAAAAACCAAAGGUAAAGCCACAAAUUUUGAUUUGAGUUUGAACAAAUACUACCAACAUCACCAUUUUCUGUGGUAAUUCAGACUUCUAAAUUCAUCAGAGUUAUACCCAAUAGGUGUUUUAAAACAAUAGGUAUUUGCUGCUUCCAUUUGCAAUUUAAAAUCAUUAGGAUCAAAUCUUGUUUGCCUCAGUCAUAACAUACCCACCUGCAGCUGCUGCAAAGAGAUUAUUGUAAAGGCAGAUGAGAUUUGCCUUAUUUUUGUUACCAUUCAGCACAAGCAUGCAUGAUUUAUUUGCACUCUCCAAGUAGGGAUCCUUGGGAACUUGUCUUACCUGUGCUGUCCAGCAGUUAUUUGUUUUAGGAAAAAUCAGUUCUAAAUAUAAUGCCUAACGCACCUAAAUGUUUCACCCUGCUCAUUUGAAUCGACUUUUUGUUAUCUUUAUGUGUAAUGUGAUUUUUAUCAUAAGUAUUGUCUGACUUUUUUUGAAAAGUAUGCAACGAUAGAUUACAGUCCUUCAUAUUUACCAUUGCUGUGCUAAGAUGCAAACAGGAGACAAAACCAAAACAUAAAGUGGAAAAGUUAAGUAAUCAUACAGAAGGGAACUGGGUUGUACUAAACAGUCCUGCUGGCAUCAAUUUACUUUUUAAACAUUUGCGUUAUGAAUAUCUACUCCUUCUGCCAAAGCUUCUAGGUCAAACGGACCCUUUUCCUCGCCUGAGAAAGGUGUACAGAAAGAAGAGUGAGACUCUUAAAAUAUAAAGAACUAACCAGCUAUACCAUGAGGACCAAAAGGCUUCAGAAGACUUUAUUAUUUUUUUAAUAAUGCAAGGGGGAAAAAAAUCAAGUAACUUUUCUAAUCACCAAUGCACAAAUAGUGUUUUCUGUAAUUAAGAGUCUUGGGUUAUUUCUAGUAGAUACUUUGACAUUUGUAACCAAUGAUGAUGAUGUGUUGAUCACAGUUUAUUUUUCCAGAUUAGUGUUCGUAUUUGUAAUGUUAAAUGUGUUUAUAUUUAUUUGAAAUGAAACAAGUGCCCAGAAAAAUUGACCAUGGUUUGUCCUCCUUCUUAAUUCUAUAAUGUGUUAUUAGCUAUGAAUUUAAACAAAUUGAGUAUGCUGAGUUUGAUGGAACAAAUGCACUUAGUUAUCAUUUUCAGCUCUUAUGCAGCCAGUGGAAAUAGCUUCAUGCAUAUUUUGUCAAACGCAGUGGAGGAGUAUAUUGCAUAGUAUUUGUUGGCAGAGCAGAGGGGAACAUAUAGAGGAAAAAAUGUGUGAUUUAGUCUUUAAGGGUGGUGGUUCAACAGGAGAAUUGUGGAAUCAAGAGGGAAGUGUCCUUCCUCGUUUAUGGAAGCAAAAUACUUUUUUAAAAAAAAACUGAAACAGAAGUAGUAGACUAUUUACUGCUUUGAUAUUUGAAAUAAUUUAACAUAACCACUCAUUGCUAUGUAUCGAAGUAUGUUAGAGGCAGAAUAUGUGAAUUUAUUCUUGGAUGAUCAGUGAAAUGUAACAAAGUUUCACUUUGCUUCUAUAAACAAGAUUUUCCGGGAAAAGUUUCCAUCUUGAAUCUGUACCUUCAUCUAAGUCAAAUGUAUUUUCAUUCUGGGCUAUACAUCUUGCAUUGUAAUGGAAAUUACAAAAUAUUUCAAAUUUGAAACAGCUGUUUCUGCACAAUAUUGUUCUGAUUUCACUGAAACUGUUUUGUUGCUGUACUGUAUUUGAAGAAGUGCUACAAAUUCAAAAUCAAUUUGCACACAUCUAAAAUGUAAUCCUCGUAGGAGACUCUUUAUUCUCAGACAGGUGACACUGUUCCUCCGAUUUCAGCCAUUUUGUAGUUACCACUCAAACACAAAAAUGCCUGAGAUGAAAAGGUAUCACCAAAAUUGACUGAAACUCUCAAUUGCUUCUUUUUUCCAACCCCCAGCCAGUGGGGGGUCAAACUAUUGAGAGAAAAACUUCCCAGCAAGAUACUGCUUUUUGACAGAUAUAUCUGCCAAUUUUUUUCCCAACCCCCACCAAAAGAAAAACUAGGAUCAGAAAUACUCCCAUAAAUCAAUUGAUCUUUCUGCCACAUGACUGAUUUUUUUGUCCCAACUACUGAUUAACAUAUCAGAAAUUAAAUUUUCUCUCACAAUAUAAAUAAGCACAAACUUAUGCACUUCUAUUCUAGAAACAUUUACUAUCCCAAGUUUUAUUUGAAUAAUUUAGGGCAGGGGUGUCAAACUCACGGCCCACGGGCUGAAUGGGUCAUAUGCUGGCCAUGGCCACCCGUUUUAGCGAAAGGGGUCAUGUCACAUGACGACAUGACGACACAAGUUUGACACCCCUGAUUUAGAAUAAUAAAAUAUUUCCCAAUUGUUUUCAAUUUGAUCUAUGAUGAUUAACUAAAUUCUCCAUCAUGACACACACUUUCAAUCAGGUCUUAGAUAAGUUUUUCAUACUACAAUUUGCAUUCUGUAGCAAUGAUGAAAUAAAAAGAGACUAUUUUUCUUAAGAAUGCAAGUGUGUAUAAAUUGUUACAGACCUCUAAAAUACAAAAUGGUAAUUAUGAGUUUUUAAGAAAAAGGCAAUAUUUAUGCAAACAUUUUGAAAUUGCAAUAUUAGCAUAUAUGUAUUUUUUAAUGAUAUUUGUACGUUGACUAGGAACUAUAAUGUGAAAGGCCCACACUAGUUAUUGCCUUGAUUCCUAAUAAAUACGGAGGAUGUGAAAUCCUGUUGUGGGUUUUAAGGUGUUAGUUAAAUUCUGAGGACUACUGGACGUUCCUUAAAACUCACAAUCAAAGUUUUGUAGUGAAACUAUGGGUGCUUCCCAGCAUAAAGAUCUUAAUCAUUUAUAAACAGUAGUUUUACAGCUGAUUUUUGAAAAAGGAAAAGAAAAUGAAAGAGUGAGGAAAAUGUAGAAAGGUUACUUUGUUUUCUUGACUGUUCAGCAAAAAUUUCACUUGGAUAUGAAGUCACAAACUUCAUUAAUGAGCCAAUAAUUAGAGUACCUUCAUUUUAUAGAGCAUAGAAGCCCAAUUUUACGCCGGAAGUAGAAGAUUACUGUAUGUUCUAAAUGUGCUUUAAGAGGAAAAGGCUAAUGUUGAGUAAUUUCUGCUUGUUAAAAUCUUUUUUACAGAGGGGACCUCCCCAAGGGUCCUAAGAUCACACUUUAAUAAAUUCUGGUAUAGAAGAAUCUAAAAAAUUUUCACAUAAGGUUUCAUGCCACACCUGCAUUGGAAAAAUCUAUAAUUUCACAUUAUGAUCUUUAUUAGGUAGCAGAGUUCAGCUGUAUCCCCAGAGGAUUCCCUAAUUUUCUACUUUUCACAUUAGAGCUUGGGGACAUGCUGUUUUCUGGUUGAUGGGAACUCUCACCUCACAUUUUCCCAUAACUGUUAAGCUGCCAUAGCACUAUCAUAUCAUGUCCUUUUGCCAGGCUUCAGUGUUGUAGAAAUCUGCCUUGCAUUCUUGUUCAUGUUUUUUCAUUGUCUCUUUUUUUUCUCUUUUUCUGCUUUUCUAGAAAAGGAAAGUAUAGAAGGAAAUUGAGGGGCUGGGGCAUAAUUUGAAAGUCAUUUCUAGUACUUCCCUGUUGGUUCAUUAGAAAGAAAAUUAAUCAACUCAUGAGGAGUUUUCAGCAGCUGAAGUCAGGACUAUAACAGGUUGAUGCCCGAAUUUAUAGAACAGCAACAGUGAUUGCUUGGAGAUGCCUUCAUAGUUGUGAGUCAUCUGGAGCCUACUUAUCAUCUAUUAACAAUAUCUUGCUGUUGUGUGUGUGUUUUUUAAAGAAACAAUGCAUUUGGUUAUAAUGGUAUAGCUAUGAAGGAAGACAUGAAAUAAAGAGAAUGACCACCAAAAAAAAAAAGAUCACCAAACAAUCAGGGAAAUCAAACUACACUUACAAAUCUAUAAGUUUUCUUUCUUAGUACUGUAAUGUUUUAUUUCUAGAACAUUACUAAAUAUUAUGAAACAUCACUUGAAACAAAAUGUUUCCAUGUAGAAUUGAGUAAAAAACGUCUCAUUUUCUUCUUCCUUUUUCUUGGCUGAUCAUAUCAAACUAGUCACCAUGAAAUACACACACACACACACACACCACUGUAGCAUCCACAAAAUGCCAGGAGGGUAGGGGGAGAGCAAAUUUGGGGAACAGAGGUCAAAGAACAGUCCACCAAACAGAAAUCUUCUACAGCAUUGGAGUCAUUCACAGUAUAUUCACAGUAUCUUCUCACCCAAAUGAUUUGAUAGUGACAGUGAUAGUGAUAGUAUAAAUACAUUUUUUCAACAUAGUAAAAUCCUCUGCACAGCUAUGUAGAAAUGUAAUAGGAUAUAGUUCUGAGUUCCUGAGUUCAGACUACAUUAUGUGUUUCUGUCCUAUCAACAAUCCCAGCCUACUGUCUUGAAAAGACAAUAGGGCUAAAAUCCCUGGCUAUACAAUCUUUUUAACUUAAAAGAAUUUGUUUCUGAAGAGACCUAUAUUCAUUUGUAGUGCCAUCUUCUCCAAAUAUAUGCUUACUUAUCUCUUUUAUGUGUAUUAUUUUCAUAUAAAAGAGUAAUAAAACCAUAAUUAAAAUGGGAAAUUUGCAAUUCGUGUCACUGGAGUAUGGAUUCCAUUCUAAUCGCUUUAUCUAAAUGGCAAUACGGUUUAAUAGCAGAUAAGGUACUGUAUUUUAACUAUAGUAAUAAAUGUCAGUUAUGGCCUGUUUUGUUUGAUUAGCUUUUGUCAAAAAA